UAUUUAUCGCACAUUCUAUUUCAAUAGUUGGUCUCUUUACUUAAUUGUAAUUGUAUUAUUCUCUUCUCGUGGCGUAUCUCCCGGUGGCGAAGAAAAUUAAAAGGAGACAUGCGGUUCCGAACGUCGAUGCUUCUGCUUCUCUGCGCUGUCUCGCUUGCGAUCGCGCGACAAGUCGAGAACUGUCAAAAGGAUGUCGACGACAACGAGCUGAUCUGGGAGUAUGACGUCAGAAGGCCGCAUCGAAUCGAUGGUUAUCAAGAAGUAGAGGCGGAUUACGGUCCGACGAAUGUGAGAAUCACAUGCAUAAGAUACAACUCGUUGUCUGACGAAGAUAACAGCGCGAUAUGGAUCGCUUCCGGCGGAAUCGGAUACAACUUUGUCAAGCUAAAAUUCAGAUCGAAAUAUUCGCGGGGUUUUCACUACAGAGUCUUCGUUUACGGACAGCCUUUGAGAAGUUCACUAUCUCGAUAAUUAUUCUCUCAAAAACUUUCGUAAAUUAAUCGUAUUUAAUCUUCUC